AUGGAGGGAAGUAGUGCUCAAGAACAAGACACAGCAGUGUACGCCGUCUUCAGGGACUUCCAAGGCCGACGCCUAGCUUUGAUAAAAGCCUUAACCACCGACUUUGAAGAAUUUCAAAAGCAAUGCGAUCCUGAUAAGAAGGAGGACCUGUGCUUGUAUGGACAUCCAGAUGGGAAAUGGGAAGUUAAGCCACCUGUUGAGGAUGUACCUCCAGAUAUACCGGAGCCUUUUAGAGGUAUUAACUGUCCAAGAGAUGGAAAUAACUGGUUGCUUUCUGUUGCCGUUGCAAGUGAUACAUGGCUCAUAGCAGUGGCUUUCCAUCUUGGUGCUGUCCGUAUUUUCGGUAAAGCUAACAGGAAUAGUCUGUUCACGAUGAUCAAUGAACUCCCCACGUUGUUUGAUAUUGUCAGUGGGAAUGCAAAGGAAAAGGCAAAGGGAAAGCCACCGGAUCGUAACCCUAGCAGAAAGAGAUUCAACCCAAGUGCACAAGCUGGAUGCAGUAGAUCCUCCAGCAGGAGCAAGGGAGCAAAGGGUAAAGAAAGGUUAUCAUCGGAUGAUGAGGAAUGUGGUGCAUGCGGAGGACGUGAAUCACAUGAGGAUUGGAUAUGUUGCGACUUAUGUAGUAACUGGUUUCAUGACCUAUGCGUUAACAUUACCCCUCACCAGGCUGAGCAGGCCGAGGGCUACGAAUGCCCCUAUUGCUUGUUGCUAAUGCUUAAAUAA